AUGAAGGAGGAGGUCCACAUGGCCGACCCAGUCGACAGCCACUCUGAGAAGGGCGGCCAACGCUCCCUCAGCAUCCAUGCCGAAGUCUUGGGUAACCAGGACCUCAUGGUCGAUGCCAUCGACGGCGAGAACAACGAACAUGCCAUGGGCAUCUGGACCGCCUUCAAGGCCUAUCCCUGGGCCUGCUUCUGGGCCUUCAUUAUGUGCUUCACCAUCGUCAUGGAGUCGUUCGACAUGUUCCUGAAUGGCAACUUUGUCGCGCAAUCGGCUUUCCAGAGACAUUACGGCGUGCCCCAUGGCGAUGGCUAUACCAUCCCCACCCGCUGGCAGAGCGCCCUCUUCCAGUCUGGCCAAUGCGGCGCCUUUGUAGGCGUCUUCAUGGCCGGACCCAUCACCAACCGCCUCGGCUACCGCAUGACGACCAUUCUUGCCCUGGUUCUGAUGAUCGCCACUAUCUUCGUCAGCUUUUUUGCCAAUUCCCUCGCCCUUCUCGUGGUUGGACAAGCGCUGGAAGGCGUUCCGUGGGGGAUAUUCAUCGCGAAUUCCCCGGCCUAUUCCAGCGAGAUUGUGCCGCUUGUCCUUCGGGGCGCCUGUACUGCUACCUUGCAGAUGAGUUGGUCGAUUGGCGGCAUCAUUGUCGCCGCCGUCACCUAUGGCUUUAACAAGCGGGACGAUCAGUGGGCUUGGCGAAUUCCCCUUGCGCUGCAGUGGAUUUUCCCUGUGCCCCUGCUGGUCCUUAUCUUCUUCUGCCCCGAAUCGCCUUGGUGGCUUACCCGUCGUGGACGCAAAGAGGAGGCAAUUCGCAAUAUCGAGCGCCUAGGAAGUAAGAAUCCUCAACAAACUUUCGCUAUGAUGGAGCGUACCGUCGAGAUCGAAGCCAAAUUGGGUGGUUCCCCUACCCUCCUCGACCUCGUCAAGGGUGUCGACUUACGGCGGACCGUCAUCACCUGCUUGAUGUAUGCGUCCCAGAAUUUCGCGGGUAACCUAAUCGCGAAUCAAGCAACCUUCUUCUUCGAGCAGGCCGGGGUCGGAAGCGACAAGGCAUUCGAAUUGAACCUGAUCAACUCGUGUCUUGGAUUUGUUGCGAACGUGGGAGCUUGGUUCCUGACCGCGUGGUUCGGUCGUCGAACCAUUUAUCUCUGGGGCACGGCCGCCAACAUCACCUUCCUCGUUCUCCUCGGCAUCUGCGCCUCUAUCGACCAGAACAACGCAACCAACUACGCCCAGGCCGUUCUGGGUAUCAUCAUCUCCUUCGUUUAUGCCGGAACUUUGGGCCCGAUCUCGUACACGAUCAUUUCCGAAACCUCCUCCGUCCGUCUCCGCGCUUUGAGCACGGGUGUCGGUCGUGCCGCCUACUAUGUCGCCGAGAUCCCGAUGAUCUACCUAGCAUCGAAGAUGCUCAACCCCACCGGCUGGAAUCUCGCAGGCAAAUGCGGUUACAUCUGGGCGGGUACCGCCCUCGUCUGCUGGAUCUGGGCUUUCUUCUGCGUGCCUGAGCUCAAGCACCGGUCCUACCGUGAGAUCGACAUCUUGUUCAACCGCAAGGUUUCUGCCCGGAAGUUCAAGAAGACCGUUAUCGAUGUUAGGGAGAACGAGUAA